UUGAUAAGAAGAUCAGAUUCUCUCAAAGGCUCUCUCUCCCAUGUGACAUGUGAGGGAUGAUGAAUUUAUUAAUCUUCUUUGUAUCAUUGACCUAUUAUUGCUCUCCUUUUCUCUUCAAACUCAAAAAAAGGUUUCACUUUUAAUCCUCUUUAAGAAUAUUGUUUUUGUUCAGGUUGAUCCAAAUUAUUUCUUUCUAGGGUAAAGUCUAGAUUUUUAUGUUCUUCUGAUCCAAAGUUCUAUUUUUGUUAUCUGGGUUUUGUUCUGUUUGUCAGUUUCUUCACGUGAGUGAAGUUUUUAGCUACUCUCAAUAGCUUCAAACUUUGACCAAAUUUGUUUGUUCUCUCUUGUUUUCAUCGACGACUCUUGACUUUGCUGAGAAGAAGUGUUUAUCUUUGAUCGAAAUCAACAAAAGAAGAAGAAGAAGAAGAAGGAGGAGAAGAAUCUGAUCUGCAAUUUUCUUACAGGAUCAGGAAUUGAAAGAAAGAUGGGUUCUUUCAAGGGUCAUGCUUUGCCAGGUACAUUGUUCCUUGUGGUUGGAGUAUGGCACAUUUGGAGCUCAGUGGUUCGAUUCAUAUCGAAUCCUAGUUCAUUUCGGGUUAGAGUUUGGCACCCUGUUCCUGGUUUUAAUGAUAGGAUCAAGUACUUGGAGCUUUAUGUUGUUACUAUUGGCUCGUUCAUUGACUUGUGCAUUGAGUUUUUGUAUUCAACUCAUCUCAAGUUCUUUGUUGAUGGUGUUUUGAAUCCUUCCCACAUGAAUGAUUUUGAGCACUCUGGGAUGCUUCUCAUGUUCUUCAUCCUCGGAUUUAUCGCUUUGCUCUCCGAGAAAACAAGGUUACUUCCUCUGCCACAAGAAGCUCUAUGCUUAAUUGCUGCAACAGCCUUUACAGCUGAAUGUCUUCUCUUCUUCUUCCACUCCACAAGCCACAAAGGUCUUGAAGGUUAUUACCAUCUCCUCCUCGUCUUUCUCAUCGGUCUCUGCGUCAUCUCCUCAAUCGCAGGAGCAAUCUGCCCUACAAGCUUCCCAGUAGAUCUAUGCAAUGGCAUUGCAAUGACUCUUCAAGGACUCUGGUUUUACCAGACAGCUUUCACUCUCUAUGGCCCUAUGAUGCCUCAAGGCUGUAGUUUAAAACAAAACUCUGUAGUUUGCAGAUCAGUCGAUUCCGAAGUCUCUGGAGAGUUUCUGGCUAAUUUUCAGCUAUUUUCAUUGGUUCUUGCUGUUCUUGUCUGCGUUGUGGGUUCAUAUGUAUUUGCAGCUUCGAGAUUUGGAGUUAGUAGAUGAGAGAUUUUAGUAAGUACAAAUUAGGGAUUUUGUUGUUUAUCUUCUUCGUCUUCUCUUUAUCUCCUAGUGUUUUUAGAAAAAUAUAAAGAAAUAAUCUUUUUUUCUUCUACUGCUUUUGGACGAGUUUGCAUUUGAAGACAAAGAACACACACUCCUA